CCAUUGAAGCUUUGUCAUAUAUUAAAGAAUGAGUAAAGUAUCUCUUUCUAAAGAUGAACUGUUGGAGUUGCAAAGGACCACUUCCUUAACCGAGGCCCAAGUACUCCGUUUACACAAACGCUUUACGAAGCUUGAUAGAAACAACACAGGCUAUAUUUCAUCGAAAGAAUUUAGCUCCACACCAGUAUUGGAAUCAAAUCCUUUAGUAGGUCGUGUUUUCGCGGUGAUGGAUGUGAAUGGUGAUAAAAAUCUACACUUUGCCGAAUUUAUUAAAGCAUUCUCAGUCUUUUCGUACCAGGCGGAUAAGAAAGAAAAACUCCUUUUCGCCUUUAAAAUUUAUGAUAUUGAUGGAGACGGUAAGAUCAGCAAUAAGGAUUUGUACCAAGCGCUACGCACUAUGGUUGGGGCGAACUUAACGGCCAUGCAGCUGCAGCAGGUAGUUGAUAAAACUUUCAUUGAGGUGGACACAGAUCGCGAUGGUUACAUAAGCUUUGAAAACUUUGAAGCCCUAGCGAAUAGCGGCCACUUUCUGGAUCGGUUGAAUUUGAACUUCUAAUUGAACAACAACCUUUCCUUAAUUGUAUAUUUUAAUCUUUAUUAAUGCUGAGUUUUUAUGUACCCCUAUAAUACUUUUGAUUUUUAGAUUUUUUUUUGCAAGUUUAUUUUUAAUUGACUAUCUUUACUAAUUCAUCCUAAUGCAGUAUAGGGAAAGAUAUCUGAUAACAGAUUUUUUUAUGAGGGAAAAAGUGGGAAAAUAUUGCUUUAAAGAAUUUAGAGCCUUGUGUUGCUUUGGGACGGUUACUAUUA